UCAUGAGCGGCUAUAGCCGGUUAGGGUUUGUGGGGAAGAUGGAGUAUUCCGCGUUGGGCACCGCGGAGGCUGCGGACAGCGGCGCGGCCCGGCCGUACAACAACUCGGAGGAGCGGGAGGGCCGGGAACCCGACGGGCUGCGCUUCGACCGCGAGAGGGCGCGCCGCCUCUGGGAAGCAGUGUCCGGGGCCCAACCAGUGGGGAGGGAGGAAGUGGAACACAUGAUCCAGAAGAACCAGUGUCUCUUCACCAGCACCCAGUGUAAGGUUUGCUGCGCCUUGCUAAUUUCUGAGUCCCAGAAGUUGGCACACUACCAGAGCAAAAAACAUGCCAACAAAGUGAAGAGAUACCUAGCAAUCCAUGGAAUGGAGACAUUAAAGGGGGACACGAAGAAGCUAGACUCAGAUCAGAAGAGCAGCAGAAGCAAAGACAAGAACCAGUGCUGCCCCAUCUGUAACAUGACCUUUUCCUCCCCUGUCGUGGCCCAGUCGCACUACCUGGGGAAGACCCACGCAAAGAACUUAAAGCUGAAGCAGCAAUCCACUAAGGUGGAAGCUCUGUCGAAACGCCUUACAAACCCUUUCCUUGUGGCCUCCACCUUAGCCUUGCACCAGAAUAGAGAGAUGAUAGACCCAGACAAGUUCUGCAGCCUCUGCCACGCGACUUUCAAUGACCCUGUCAUGGCUCAGCAACAUUAUAUGGGCAAGAAACACAGGAAACAGGAGACCAAGCUCAAACUUAUGGCACACUACGGGCGGCUGGCCGACCCUGCUGUCACUGACUCAUCAGCCGGGAAGGGCUACGCCUGCAAGACAUGUAAGAUAGUGCUGAACUCCAUAGAACAGUACCAAGCUCAUGUCAGCGGCUUCAAACACAAGAACCAGUCACCAAAAACAAUGGCAUCACCUCUGGGCCAGAUUCCCAUGCAAAGGCAACCCAUUCAUAAAGACUCAGCCACCUUGGAAAACUAGAGGUGUUUCUGUCCAGCACUCCAGGUUGAACCAGCCAUGAGCCAACUUUCUGUGACUAUGGUCAGCCCUUGGCUCCUUCUUCCUCCUUUCUUACACCUGGAGAAUACACAGGCCUGAGGCAGGAGUGGACCACAGAGAGCGUCUGAUUGGUCCAGGCAAAUCCACCCCUGCUCCUCCCCUUUUUGGAAUGGGCCCUGUAGGUCAGGAUGAGGGAAGCAGAGAUCUUGACAGGACUUGGGGUAUCCCAGAAUGGUAGUUUGGAGGACGGCCUUUCCCCUUCCCCAGCUCCUCUGGGCUAUAUGUCAUGAGGCCCCAGGCCUAUCUUUCCUUUGCAGGUCAGUUUUGGACCAGUCCCUGCAGCUGAAGAACUGAGCUCUCCCUGGGCUCUAGGUAUCUCCAGUGAAACCUGGAGCUUUCACGCCAGACCUUGGCCUAGGCAGGAAAGGGCAGAUGGAAGUGGCUGCCACAUGGAAACUUGGAGUUAAUAUGACACUCCCUCUCCCCCAAAAGAGUGCAAGCUUUCCUGAGCCUGGGAUCAGAUGCUGGCCAGUUGUACAGAUUUCUGCCGACUGUGAAGUCUCCUCCUAGAGCAAUGACACAGUCCUGGCAGAGCAUUGCUAUUCCUCUUACCCCCCAUUCUCCACAGUUCCUGAAUGGUGCUAAGAAUCUGCAGCAAGUGAGGACAAGCUAGAGCCGAAGGAGGCCUCAGUACCCAGUGGGAUGGGUACUGGAAACCUCCAAUAGAGGCCUUUCCCCUCCUCCAUCAGAGGUGCUCUGACACAGGGUCACGUGGGAAGGUCCCCACAUGCAAAUUUCCUUGAUGGUUUUGUACCCUUAAAAGGAAACUGCCUUGUGCCAGCCAGCUCAGAGGUUAAUUGCUGCCCUUCAGCCCUGCUAGCCCUCUCCUUCCCCUUGUGCAGCAGACCAUCUGCCCAGGUUGCUGUGGUGCUAGUCCUCCCCCAUCAUCCCCCAGGAGAUUCUGGGGACCGAGGAGCAGGAUGGGCCCCUAAGGGAAGAAAAGAGCUGGUGUAAGUUUCUGCAGUGAGGAAACAGACUUUUCCCUGACCCCACACCUAGAUUUCUCUAACACUGCUGUGUUUUAUGGCCUGGCACUUCACUGGGAGUGGACUUUACCUUGUAGCUUUCAAACAGGAAUUCCAGGGAGAGUUACCAUCUGAGGUCCCUCUUCACUGGGUCAAAGAAGCCUGCAGCUGCUCUCGUGAUCUCCUCCCCACACUUCCUGUCCCUUCGCCUGUAAAUGCCUUUAUGUAUCGUGUAUGUGUGUGUGGGGGGGUGCUUAUGCUCUAUCUCUUGGUCACUGAAGCAUCUAAAUAAACAAUUUCUCCAAUGAGCCAGACUGCAACUUAA